AUGUAUUUCUCUCUCUUCGUCUCCCUGUAUGUAUUUAUCUCUCUUCCUGUAUGUCUCCCUCUUUCUCUCUCUCUUAUUUCUCCCUGUCGCCUUUUUUCUCUCUCUCUCUUCGUCUCCCUGUAUGUAUUUUCUCUCUCUCUCUUUCUCUCUCCUGUCUCCCCUGUAUUUCUCUCUCUCUCUCUUCGUCUCCUGUAUGUAUUUUCUCUCUCUCUCUCUUCGUCUCCCUGUAUGUUUCUUCUCUCUCUCUCUUCGUCUCCCCUGUAUGUCUUUCUCUCUCUCUCUUCGUCUCCCUGUAUGUAUUUAUCUCUCUCUCUCUUCGUCUCCCUGUAUGUAUUUAUCUCUCUCUCUCUUCGUCUCCCUGUAUGUAUUUAUCUCUCUCUCUCUUCGUCUCCCUGUAUGUAUUUAUCUCUCUCUCUCUUCGUCUCCCUGUAUGUAUUUCUCUCUCUCUCUCUUCGUCUCCCCUGUAUGUAUUUUCUCUCUCUCUCUCUUAUUUCUCUCUCUCCCUGUAUGUAUUUCUCUCUCUCUCUCUUCGUCUCCCUGUAUGUAUUUCUCUCUCUCUCUCUCUUCGUCUCCCUGUAUGUAUUUCUCUCUCUCUCUCUCUUCGUCUCCCUGUAUGUAUUUCUCUCUCUCUCUCUUCGUCUCCCUGUAUGUAUUUCUCUCUCUCUCUCUUCGUCUCCCUGUAUGUAUUUCUCUCUCUCUCUCUUCGUCUCCCUGUAUGUAUUUCUCUCUCUCUCUCUUCGUCUCCCUGUAUGUAUUUCUCUCUCUCUCUCUUCCGUCUCCCUGUAUGUAUUUCUCUCUCUCUCUCUCUCUCUAUGUCUCCCUGUAUGUAUUUUCUCUCUCUCUCUCUUCGUCUCCCUGUAUGUAUUUCUCUCUCUCUCUCUUCUUAGUCUCCCCUGUAUUUCUCUCUCUCUCUCUUCGUCUCCCCUGUGUAUUUCUCUCUCUCUACGUCUCUCUCUCUCUCUACGUCUCUCUCUCUCUCUACGUCUCUCUCUCUCUCUACGUCUCUCUCUCUCUCUACUUUUAUUUUUUGCUUUGUUUGGUUUUCUUCUUCAUACUACACUCUCUCCUCACUUUCCUUUUUUGUUUUGCUCUUUUUUUCUUCUUCUUCAUACUGCACUCUCUCCUCACUUUCCUUUUUUGUUUUGCUCUUUUUUUCUUCUUCUUCAUACUGCACUCUCUCCUCACUUUCCUUUUUUUGUUUUUUCUUUUUUUUCUUCUUCUUCAUACUGCACUCUCUCCUCACUUUCCUUUUUUUGUUUUGCUCUUUUUUCUUCUUCUUCAUACUGCACUCUCCUCCUUUACUUUUUUUGUUUUGCUCUUUUUUUCUUUUCUUUUUUUUUGUUUUGCUCUUUUUUUCUUCUUCAUAUCACAACCUCCCUUCUCUUUUGUCAAUGCAAUAAUAAACGUCUUUCCUCUUCAUCCUCCCCCCCGCCGUCUUCAUUUUGUUCUUGUUUCUUUUCCAUUUCACCACCCGCCCCUUUCUCUAUUUUUCUAUUCCUUUUCAUCUAUCUAAAGGUUCUCUCCCUUGCUCACUGUCACAAUGUCUCCCUCUCCCCCUGCUCGCUGUCGCAAUGUCUCCCUCUCCCCCCCUGCUCCGCUGUCACAAUGUCUCCCUCUCUCCCCUGCUCGCUGUCGCAAUGUCUCCCUCUCUCCCCCGCUCGCUGUCGCAAUGUCUCCCUCUCUCCCCCGCCGCUGUCGCAAUGUCUCCCUCUCCCCCCGCUCCUUUGUCACAAUGUCUCCCUCUCUCCCCCUGCUCGCUGUCGCAAUGUCUCCCCUCUCUCCCCCCGCUCGCUGUUCAAUGUCUCCCCUCUGCUCGCUGUCGCAAUGUCUCCCUCCCAUCCCCCGCUCGCUGUCUCAAUGUCUCCCCCCCUCCCUGUCGCAAUGUCUCUCCCCCAUCCUGUCGUAAUGUCUCCCCCCCCCCAUCAAUGUCUCCCCCCCCUGCUCUCCUCCCCCAUCCGCUCCGCUGUCUCUCCUCCCCCCCCGCUCGCUGUCGCUGUCUCUCCCCCCCCAUCCUCCUCCCCCCCUGCUGUCUCUCUCCCCCCCGCUCGCUGUGUCUCCCCCCAUCCGCUCGCUGUCUCUCCCCCCUCUCCUGUGUCCCCCCCUGCUGUUCUCCUCCCCCCCCGCUCGUUGUGUCUCUCCUCCCCAUCAGCUCGCUGUGUCUCCUCCCCAUCUGCUCGCUGUGUCUCUCCCCCCCUCCGUUGUGUCUCCCCCCCUGCUCGUUGUGUCUUCCCCCCCCCCUGCUCGUUGUGUCUCUCCUCCCCAUCAGCUCGCUGUGCUCUCUCUCUCCCCCCCUCCGUUGUGUCUCUCCCCCCUGCUGUUGUGUCUCUCCCCCAUGCCUGUGUCUCUCCUCCCCAUCCGCUGUCUCCCCCUGCUGCUGUGUCUCUCUCCCCCAUCCGCUCGCUGUGUCUCUCCUCCCCCCAUCCGCUCGCUGUGUCUCUCCUCCCCCAUCCGCUCGCUGUGUCUCUCCUCCCCAUCCGCUCGCUGUGUCUCUCCUCCCCCAUCCGCUCGCUGUGUCUCUCCUCCCCAUCCGCUCGCUGUGUCUCUCCUCCACCAUCCGCUCGCUGUGUCUCUCCUCCCCCAUCCGCUCGCUGUGUCUCUCUCCCUCUCACCCCCCCCACUGGCUGUCUCUGUCUUUCUCUCGCAUUUCCCCAGAACUGUCAUAGCAAAGCUUAA